AUGACGAGUAUGGGACCGUCGUUUGCAGGCCAUCCUGCCGGCAUGCAACAGCAUCCAGGCGUACCUGGGCACCCCAUGGCCCAGGGUAUGCCUCACAACCCAGGGCAGCAAGGCCCGGGCGGAGGAAUGCCUCACCAGAUGCACAUGGCAGUAUCAGGGCCUGGUGGUCAGGUUAAUCCAAAUCAGUUGAUGGGCGGCAUGCCGCCGGGUGCUGGAGGUCCGAAUGCUCACGCUCUGCAGCAUCUCAAUCCUGCCCAAAACCAAAUGUUCCAGCAAAAUCAGUUUGGUAACUUCCAGAACCCAGCAGCGAUGGCGCACGCCACCCAGAUGGCGCAGCAGCGAUUGUUCCAACAGCAGCAACAAGCGCGACAGGCGCUCAUGGCCCAGCAGGCCUUCAACGCGAAUAUGGCGGGCGUCAAUGGCAUGCCGAUGGGGAUGCCAAUGAACCCUAUGAACGCAGCUCAGAUCGCGGCUAUGAGGCAGGGCAUGCGGCCGCAGCAACAUAACCCCCAAGCACAAGCGAUGCUCGCUCAACAGAUCGCCCUCCAACAACAAGCUGUCGCUCAACAGAACCAGCAGAUGCAACAGGGCCAACAACAACCCGGCCAGCCGGUGCAGAUGAACCCUCAGCACAUGCAGAGCCUCCAGCAGGCCCAGAUGGCAAUGCAGCAGCAGCAACAGGCCCAGCAGCAACAGGCCCAGCAGCAGGCUCAGCAGCAGCAACAGCAGCAGGCCCAACAGCAGGCCCAGCAACAAGCGCAGCAGCAGCAGCAGCAACAGCAGCAGCAACAACAGGGUCAGCAACCUCAAGGCGGACCGCAACAGCCUCAACCACAGCCCCAGCAGACACCGCAUCAGACACCGCAGCAGCAGCCCGCGCAGCCCGUCAACCCUCAAUCUGCAGGGCAGCCCACGCCAUCUCAGACCCCGGGUCCGGCCCCGAACCAGCAACCGCAGCCUCCUCAGCCUCAAGCCCAGCCGCAGGGUCCUCCUCAGAUGGCUCCCCAACCUGGACCGCAACAGAUGAACCCCGCGCAGCAGGCUGCAGCCCAGGCUGCUGUGGCUAACAGCAUGGCUCUCGCUCAGCAACACAGAAGGGAAGGGAUGAAGGGGCAGUGCCUGCUCAAAUUGAUGCAGUUCAGUGAACAUUUGAGCGGUUUUCCCGGCCCCAAGGGCAAAGACGACUUGUCUUACUGGAACAGCUUCGUCAAUCAAUUCUUUUCACAGAAGGGCGUGUUCCGACACUCGGUACACAUCACCGACGUCGAAGAUCAGGCAGACAAGCAAUACGAGAUAACCUUUCCUGCGCUUCCUCGAUACUUCCAUACGCACUUUGACAGCGGUGUCAAGAAUAUGCAGUUGAUAAUGGAAAAGGGGACUACGGAUCGACCGCUCCCUGGCGACGGCCACUGGAUCGAGAACACCAAAUCCAGCUUGGUGUACUGGUAUGACAGCGGUUCACAUCUUGUCGCCACCGGCACCGUCAGAGCUCACUUCGAUGCGGAGCAGAAAAUUGAGCUUUUUGAGUUCUUGACAACCAACCAUGAAGAAUACAUUUCUCGGAAGGCCGCGAUCGAAGCUGCGAAGCCUGUGCACAAUUGGGUGAAGGAGUGGCACAAGGUUAAUUCCCCUGAUACCAAGACUUCCCCAGAAAUGAGCAAGAAGGGCAAGGCUCGUCCCAUGAAGUCUCCGCAAAAUCCUCCGCCAGAAGCACUGGUGGAUCUUCCGGAGUCGGCGGUCAAGAGGGGUAUGGGGGUUACCGAAGCUGUGUUCCAGUUCCUCGAGAUUGCUGAAGUGAUCGGCCAAAUGAACCCCCUUUUCGCGUUCUACCACAACCAUCCUAACCUCGGCCCGUAUGCUGCUCUAGAGCAGUACGUCGGCCAGAUUAACGCCCAGCCGCAAGUCAUGAACGGUCAGCCCAUGCCCCAAGCCCCCAGGACACCCAGCUUCGGUCAGUUCCCGAUGGGUGCCAGCCCAGCUCAGCCGCAUAUGCAGCUUCCCGGCUCGCCUCAUGUCACUGGCAGCCCUGCGCAGGGCCACAUGCAGGCACCUGGCAUGCAGAUGCAACAGAGCCAGCAAGGCACCAGCUCCAGCGGACCUAGUGCAAAUACCUCUCCGGCUUCCAACAAGCGAAGACGCCCAUCCGGCGUGAAGAUGGAGGAAGACGGCUCCCAGGCACCUACUCCAGGCGGUCCUCAGGUCAACGGAGUCCAGAACAAGGGCAAGCCGCCUACGCCGCGGAUGGCAAAGAGAAUGAAGGGCAAUCCGGCGUAA